AUGUCCAUGGAGGCCUUGGUUCAGCUCGCCCAGCAGGGUGCUUACGACAAGGAGGCCGUGCAGCGUCUCCGGGCCUUACGCAGAGAAGCUCUGGAAGAGCUCUUGAAGGAGCUUUGGGAACCAGCAAUGUCCGUUGGCCUUGGGGGUGCCUGGGCUGUUCACGCUGCCUGGCUCGCGUCUCCGGAGCGCCUUGCUGAGCUUGCAACCUCGGGUUCCCAUGCGGUGGGCGUUCGCGCUCUGACCGCACUCUUGAAGACAGAUCCUGCAAGGCUCAUCGGCCUUCUUGGUCUUCCCCAGGGUGGAGGUGCCGUUGAGGGCAGCCCACUAAGCGCGGCGCGCCGGCGGGUGUCACUGCGCGCGCUGGGUCGCUUGAGUCACAAUGCCUUGCAAGGCCUGGUUACUGAAGAGCUUCUCAGCGAACUCGUUUCGACUGACGGCGCUUCGGCUGCGCGGCUCCUCAAAGGAGCCAGCCCUGAGCUUAUCGAACGCUGGUGGCCACGGCUGGCCGUGCCAUCUAACACGGCCGUCUCCAUUGCAGCACGGCUGCCGCAGCUGACCCUGCGCUUGAUCGUGAGUUCCCAGCAGAAGCAGUGGGCAGACCAGGAGCUCCGUGAGGACAAGCCUACGGAAGUUCCAGGUGGGGCUGCUCACUACACUUUUCUGGAGGCCUUGGCGUGGCAGCCUUACGCCGAGGCCGGGCUCGCCUCCCUGUUCCGCUGCGCAAGCCGGGAAGGGCCCGUGGCAGUAAGAGACGCCCUGAGUUUCUUGGAAGUCCGGCUCCGGAACGAACAGGACAGCGUACGUGCAGCGGUGCUUCGGGAGAUGGCCAAAGCACCGGUGCUUCUUUGGCAAGACGUGCACCUAAAUUCCCUGAGGCAGUUGCUCACCUCUUCCAUGCAGGCCAAAGGCAGCAGCUCGGAGUCUCUGGGGGUCUGGCAGAAGUUGGUCGAGGUUUUCGUGGCCAACGGUGCGGCCUUGCGCACUGAAGCCGGGCUUGGCCCAUGUGGGGCCUUUGGAAUGGAAGUGAGGUCCCAGUUGACCGCCGCCGAUCUUUGGGACCAGGAGGUUGCAGCCUUUGGAACCAGCGUCCUCGGUCACGUAGCACGGCUAGAGCCGCAGCCGGCCUUCGUGGCUUUUCCCUGGCUUGUGGACUUGCUGCGCCCCAGCAUCCGGGCUUUGCUGGACUCGGAAAAGGUGGAUGAGGCCUGUGCGCUGCUGGCGCGCUGGGAAGGCACGCGCCUCGAGCUCCUCCAAGGACUGUCUCGUGACAGCGCUUCCACGCCCGACGUCCCCGACGCCUGUGCGGCCUUCGACGUGUUGCUGCGCGAGACCUUCGCGACUGCCAUCCAGGAGAGCCGCAGCUUCAACCCCUCGGCGGCCAAGGCGGCCCAGGAGGCUCUGCGGUCGUUGCUUCUGCCGAGCUACGCCCAUCUGAAAAACUCCGGGGGCCUGACGUGGGCGCAGGAGCAGGCGGUGCGACGCCUUUGCCGACUCGGCAGCUCUCGGUGGCAGAGCUUCGUCGGCUUUUUCGGCUCGGAGCUUCCCUGGCACACGACGCUGGCCUUGGCCUUUUUGGGGUCUUCGGAGGCUCGGCAGCUCCGGCGGCGGAACGGCGCCCUCUUCGAAGAGCUGGUGCAGGCGCUCUGCACAAACUGGGACAUGCUGCCGGAGUGGCAGAGAGCUCAGUUCGCCGCGGCAGCAGUGCAGCACCUGGGCAGUGCAUGUCGAUCGAUGGAGAUCUGUUUGCUCUUGGCACCUUUGCUGCACAGACUCUGCGAUUGGCCGUUCUCGCUGGCAAUUACUGGUGAGCAGGGCUCGAAGAAGUUUCGGCAAAGCGUGGAUGAAAUCGGAGAGAAGAUUCGGCUGCGGCGCCAGGCCGAGGAGCUGCUGGCGCGUCAUAAGCCUCUCAAGGCCUCCUUGUUGGAGGGCUGGCGGCGCCAGGACGCCUCGCUCCAAGCCGAGCGGCUCUGCACCUCCACCGUGCUCCUCAGGGCAAUGCAGCAUAAGCCGGAGGCGAUUCAGUUGCUGGUCGCCUUCGAAAGCAGCAAGCUACAACAGCUCCGGCUCCUGCAAGAACACGGCGCCUGGCCUCUGCACUUCUUUGGGCAGCAGUGGACGGGAAACAAAGGUCCUCGGCUGUUUUUCUCCUGGCCCGCGGCGCUGCAGCGCUCCUUCGCCGAGAUUUGGCUGGCUUCGGGGCCUCUGGACCUCCAGGAGUUCCUGGACCCCAGAGGUGGCUCUCAGGUCCGGGAGAAGUGCCGCCUGCGCCUUUUGCUGCCCGCGCUGCGCUGCGAGGAGCUCCUGGGGGGCGUGGUGGAGGCCUGUGUGAAGGUCCUGAAGCAAGAGGAGGAGGAGGAGGAGGCGAGUGCGAGUGUGAGUGCAAGUGCGAGCAGCACCGCGCUGGCGGUGGCUCGGGGCCGGGCCGGUCAGCUCUUGGACCGGCUGAUCCCCGUGCUGGCGCGCGCGGACCGGGCCCAGGAGCUGGCUCCCGUGCUCUCAGCGCAGCUUGGGAGAGGCAACUCCAAGCAGGUGGCGCGCAGCUUCCAGGUUUUGCUGCGGAGGCUCCCAGGCUCCUCGGCCUCGGAGACGCUAAAAGCGGCCCUGGGGAGUCCCCGGCUGAAGGUGGCGGAGCGCGUGGCGCUGUUGCGGGAUUCCAGCGAGCAGGGCCUCUUUGGCCGCCCCAAAGGCGACUUCGUGGCCUUGUUGGAGUCCCUCUACGACACGCACCGUGACGUGGGCGGCGCCGUGCUGGUGGCGAUCUGCAGAAUGGGCCAGACGUCCCUUCUGACACGAGUGAGCCAAGACGAAAAAUCGCUGUACCAGCUCCAAGUCUUUCUCCGCCAGCUUUCUCCCACUUCGGACAUAUGGAAUGAUGAGGUGGCGCGCGUCCUGGCGACGCUCUGCCAGAGGCCUCAUUUGGGAGACCAGUGCCUGCGGAGUCUCGCGGAUUGGGCGCGAUCGGACGGUGCCCACGAUGCAAGCACCGUAGCGGCAGUUGCAAGUGCAGCUUCCGAAGCCUUGACCUCAGAAGCCGAGACCUUAUGGGUGCCGGCGGCCCACUGCCUGGUCUCUCUCGCUCGCCUGGACUCCGGCCCGCUGGUCAGCCUCUUCGGCCAGCUCUGCACCGACUGUGACGCUGAGGGAUCGGAUCUGCUUCAGGCCUCCGCCCGGCUCAGGAUCCUGACGAAGCAACUCUUGGGGUCCCAGGAAAAGGCUUCGGAGGCCACGCUGCUGGCCGUCGCGGCGGCGGCUUUCCGGGCGCCUUCGGUCCUUGCGCAGCGCGCUGGCUUGGAGCUCUGGGCCGCGCGUCUUCACUGGCAGGAGCCUGGGAAGGUUCUGGAGGCUUUGCAAAGCCUCCCUGCGCCCCUAAACCCGAUCCUCCUCCCCGUGCUGCUCUCCAGCUGCUCCGAGUCGCUGAAGUCGCAGCAGCCACAAGGUGCUCUGCGUGAGACCUGUCGCGCCCUGCUAGAAGCUGAGACGGAGCCGGCUCUGGUGAUGCUCAUGGCCGUGGUGAAGUUCCUCUUCUCUGGCAACUGGCCUCCUUCCACUCAAGUUGCGGCGUGG